GCUGUCGCUGAUAUGGUGUUUGAUAAACUGAAAGAUGAGUGGAAUUCACUUCAGGAAGAAAAUGAUAUGCUAAAAUCCCAGAUAGUUGACUUACAGCGGGAAAAUACCAUGAUUGAACAACGAUUGAACUUACUUGAUCAACAAAGUAAAUGCAAAACUCUGAGACUGUUGGGGCUGGAAGAUAAACGUGGAGAAAAUCUAGCCGAAACUUUAAAAAGAACUUUAAAUAGUAAUCUCAGUCUACAACAAGACGACUUGCAGAUCGAGCAUUGUUACCGGCUCAAGAAUAAAUCCGAUAAACCAAAUUCUACUGGAGCAGUAUUAAUUCACUUUUCAUCUAUGAAGUCACGUGAUGAAGUAUAUAAAAACAAGAGCAAGUUGAGGGGAUCAAAGUUGAUACUAACCGAAAAUCUUACAAGUCAUAACUACGCUCUGCUCAAAAAAUGUACAUCGAAGCUGGGAACUCGGAAUGUUUGGACUUGGAACGGCAGUAUUUACACAAGAAUGGGAACAACAAGAAAACUCAUACGAUGCGAAGCAGAUCUGGAUGGUAUAGCAGGAGCGGAGAGGCCGGCUACUUCAUUGGAGAAUAAGGGAAGGCCCAAGAGGAGAACACGAAAAUAAGAAUGAAGCACUGUCGAUUCAAUGGUUGAGUGGAUCAGGGAGUCUCCUAGGGGACUCAUCUGGACUUCGCCAUAUUUCUUGCUCAACACGUAUAUCAAUUGUAUUUUUGUUUGUUUUUCUCUAAUUGAUGUAAGUUUAGUUGGAAAUAAAGACAAUAUACAUACAUACAUACA